AUGGUCGCUCCCACGCUCUUGGAUUGCUGGCAUGUGCGCGAUGUUCAAAGAUUUCGCGCCCUACUCAAAGGCAGCCCGCCGGACAAGAACAAUCACAACGCGCAGCAUGUAGGCGCCAAUGGCUCUUACGGCGCGAGUGCUUCGUUUUCUAGAUCGCCUCACAGCUUUCGCGAUCCGUCCGUGCCUUGUCCGCCAGCGGAAGUCAACCGACGCGACCACUACGGCCGCACCGUCCUGCAUCACAUCGCAUCGUGCACCGAGCCCGGUAGCAUCGGCUACCUCAGCUCCCUCCUCGCGCAUCCCAGCGUCAACAUCAAUCUUCAGGAUGGCGAAAGUGGCUACACCGCGCUCCACCGCGCGCUCUACGCCGCCAACCUCCAGAUCGCCAUCAUCCUCCUUCGCAGAUCCGAUCUCGACCUCCGAAUCAAGGACUUCGAGGGUCUUACCGCCUUUGACCUCUACAACUCCACUGUAGCUGGAACCAACCCGCCAGCGGAUGCUCUUUCCUUCGAACCGGCACGCCACCACCACGAGCGCACUCUCACACAGCUCUUCACAUGGGGUUCCAACCGCAACUACAACCUUGGACUUGGAGAUGGCGAUGAUCGUCAGCUUCCGGACAAGAUCACCUUGCGCCGGCAGCCGGCAGCCAACUCGUCUUCGGCAGAGGAGAACUUCAGAGCCUCUCUUCCGGCAGGCAAGAAGUUCGACCGCAUCGGUAUCAAGGACAUCGCCAUGAGCCGCCUCCACACCGUCGUGCUUACCGACGAAAAGGUCGCGAAUGUGUGGGUGUGCGGCCUCGGUGCCAACGGCAGACUAGGUCGCUCGCCCCAGACACAAACGUCCUUUGAGCCGCUCAAAGAUUUCGCCGAGACAGCGCGCUCCGUCGCCGUCGCUCAAGAUCACACUCUCAUCAUCACCGCCUCGGGCGCAGUCUACUCGUUUGGACUCAACAGGUUUGCGCAGCUCGGAUACACAAUCGAGCAAGAAUUUGGUACUGUCGCCUCGACAACAGCAAAGCUUGCCGGAGGCGCGGGCGUUACCUUUGGACAACCUGCCAAUACACCACAGGUUGAGCUCGACAUUCAGAUCUCGCCUCGACGCAUCGUCGGUCCACUCAAGAAGGAAUUCGUGCUUGGUGCAGCAUGCAGCAAGCUGCACUCGGUAGUCUUCACUUCAGAGGGCCUCUUCACAUGGGGCACCAACACCGGUCAGCUCGGUUAUGACCGUAGCGGAACUGCCGUCCAGGUUCAGCCACGCAAGGUCACGGCGCUCGCAGCAGGCUCGGGGAUCCAGCAGGUCGCCGCCUCCGACUUUGGCACCGCUUGCCUCAUGGAAGGCGGCGAUGUCUUUGUAUGGCACAACGACACGCACUUCCGCAUCAACUUCCCCCUCGCACGCUUCUCCAGCAGCAUCUCGGUCUUUCGUCCCAGGCAGGUGCAGCCUAAGGCGCUCAUCUCCAAACUAUCGAGCAGCGGCAACACGUUUGCUGCUCUUAGUGACAUGGGCGACCUGUUCACCUUCAAUCUUGAGCAUCCUUCCGAAUACAGCAGCACCGGCACCGUCGGUCGCGCUCCCGCCGCGGCUGGAUCCGCUGCCAAAUCAUCGGCUGCACAGACGGCGCCCAAGCCACAACUACUCUGGUCCGUCCGCAAAAAGUUCACUGCCGUGCGCGAUGUUGCCAUCGGCGCCGACGGCUCGGUCAUCCUAUGCACCGAAAGCGGACAUUGCUUCGUCCGUCCUCGUCGCAGCGACACCGGUGGAAAGGGCGGCGGCGGCAAAAACUUCAAGUUCCAGCAGAUCCCUUACCUCCAACGCGUCGUCAAAGUCGCCACGAGCGAGAGCGGUGCUCUGGCCGCAAUCAAGGCGGAUCCAGGCAUGCGUGAUGUGCGCGUCAAAGGAAGGACUGUCGAAGAGGCGCUGCGCGAUCUGCUUCCACACCUCAAGGUGCAGACGCUGUCGGAGGAUGUGGAAAAAGAAAGAGGCAUCACCUCAGAGGUGGUCGAGAUCUCGGAUGUUCGCAGCGAGGCUGGAUCCGAGAGCGAAUCAGAGGAGGAGCCCGAAGACACGCCAGCGCGUGUCGGAAGCGAUGCUGCCAAAUACGUCAAGAUGGCGCUCCUCAUCACAGAGGCCGCCAAGCGAUGGGUCGCAGGCAGACAAAUAUCGGGAGUACAGGCCGACGACAGUCAGGCCGGUGCUCCAGCUGCACCGACAACUACCAGGCGCGAAGCUUUUUAUGGUCCGCACAACCUUGUUCCGCCUUUCGGUUGCGACGCUUUCCUGAUCGCGGAAGGACACUAUCUUCCGGUGCACAAGCUCAUCCUAGGCGCAAGGAUUCCGAGCCUGCAAGCGGCACUGCAGAACACAAAGACGAAAGAGUCACUGCCGCAGGGCAUCAAGGUUAACACAGUGGGGGACGGCAAGCGCAUCACUGUGCUGACCCUGUCGAAUUGCAGCUUCGUGUCGGCGCUUUUCCUCCUGCACUAUCUGUAUUCGGACGACUUGCCUCCCAUCUGGGUCCCGAGUAUUGGUCUCGUCAUCGACAGAGAGCUCAAGGCGGCCAAGAUUGACCGCGCUCGCAUCCAAGCUGAACUGCUCAGCCUUGCGGAGCGCCUCGGCCUGUCAUCGCUCGCGGCCAACAUCAAGGCCAGCUUGCCACGCCAGCCAGAGCCGACGCUUCGCGAGCACAUGUCCCAACUCUUCCAAUCGUUCGUCGACGUUGAAGUUGCAGAGACCCGACGGGAAUCGAGCUUCAGCGACGUUUUGCUGCGCUUCUCCGACCGCACGAUCCCAGCACACUCUGUCAUCCUCCGAAGAUCGCCAUUCUUCGCCGCCUUGUUCCAGCCGCAUUGGACUGCAGAGCGAUGGGAAGGCAACAACACCAUCACGCUCGACAUGAGCCACAUGCGUUGGGAAGUGGCGCGCAUCGUGCUUAUGCACCUGUACACGGACAUGGGCGAGACCAUCUUCAGUGGGUGCGACCAGGAACGGUCGUUGGAGCAGUACAUGGACUUCCUGGCCGAAGUGAUGGCAGCCGCCAACGAGAUGCUGCUCGACAAGCUCAAGCUGGUCGUCAGCUCGCUGCUACGCAAGCGUGUUCUAGCGCAUACUGUCGGCGCGGUGAUGACCGAGGCUGACUUUUACAGGGCAGACCAGCUCAAGGACAUCACGAUGGACUACUGCACCAAGAGCAUGGAGGCGCUCCUGGAAGGUGGCCGCCUCAACGAACUCGACAACGGUAUGCUGCGAGCGCUCACUGCGUACGUGCGCCGCAAGCAAGAUGAAAAGCUGCAUCGCACCUUCAACGAGGACCGGGUUGCUGCGCUGGUCGAGAAGCACCGCGAGUUCUACGAUGACCUUGACAUCCCGCCACCCAGCCUGCAUCUCAUUGCCAACACCGUGCGACCUAAGCGUGCAGCUCCUGCUGGCAUCAAGUCUCCAUCGCUACUGCCGCAAGGCGCCAACCGACGUCGGUCGAAUUCACGUUUCGGCAUCUCAAAUCCCGCCAGUCCGGAUGCGCUUCGGCCACUCGACAGUAUCGCGCAACGAACGGCUGCAGACGAUUCGAGCGAGAUGUUCGCUAUGGACGACGAGAACCUGUCGACACCCCGCAAGGAGGCGAGCGUGCGCACGCAAGGCUCGCCAUGGGCCGUCCUGCCGCAAGUGGCGCACUUGAGCCUGGAUGAUUCCGUCGACAAGGGCUCUCCAGCUCGGCCGUGGAAAUCCAGAACGGUGGAGGCAGAGCGGAGGCAGGCUACCCCAGACGUGCCGGGGUCACCUGCGUCUCGCCCGUCGGAUGCCCCGACCGACCUGCGCAGCAUCAUGGCCAAGGAGCAGCAGCGCCAGCAUUAUCAGUCAGCCUUGCCGCAUCUUUCCAACGCUACAACUCCGAGCGGAUCUGGCACAUCGACGCCGGUGCAGAGAGCGGCAGCCCCUGGCUUUGAGCUGUCGCCCGUCAACAUCGCAAGCACACGACUCUCUCAGAAAGAGCGCAAGCGACUGCAGCUGCAGCAGGAGGCGGCAGCUAGUGCAGUAGCUGUGCCUGCGCAGACCCGCAGUGCCAGCUCGUCUUCACCGUGGAACAGGGCUACUGCCGGGUCGUCACCCCCUGAUAAACCUGCCGCUUCGUCGCCAUGGAGCUUGAAGGCAGCAGCUACAACGGCCAUGGCUCUGUCGACUUCUCACGAGGGCUCCCCUGCAGCGGCUUUCAGUCCGAGUGGGCGACGUCCGUCUGCAGCACCUGUGCAGCCCGGGUCAGGCUCCCGUCCAUCACUGUCCGAAGCUUCUGCAUCGCCAGCCGCUAACAUGGGCCCGACGUACACUCCAAUGCGCAUGGAGGCCAAGUCGACGCCUAAGCGCAUGAUGAGCAACGAGGCUGCUUGGUCGACACCCACGGUGGUGCCGGCCCGCGGCUCGUUCGGCACAUCGCCGUCUCGGCCUGCAGCUCCUCUUGCUUCGCGAGAGCCGGCGUCCAACAUGCAGCGGUCGCUACUUGGCGCCUCCCGACCUUCGCUCGAUGCAACCGCCGAACGUGCCACUUCGCCUGCUUCGACAGCACACCUGACCUUCGCUCAAAUCCAGGAGCAGCAGCGACUGGCCAUCGAGGCAGAGCAGGAGACGAUCAAGCAGGCCGCUGCUGCGCGGCGCAGCUUCCUCGACAUCCAAGAGGAAGAGCGCCAGGCAGAGGAACGGCGCAGAGAGGAGCAGAAGCAAGCUGCCGAGUUCGAAAAAUGGUUUGCCGAAGAGUCGAAGCGCGUGCAAAGGCAAACCAAGGCGAGCAAGUCUGGCACCAAUGGAGCGGCUGGUGCGACUGCCAGCAAGGGCAAGGCGCAAAAGAAGACGGCCAACAAGCAGCAGCCGCAGCAGCAAGGAUCGCGUCCUCCGCCCGAUGCGAAAGCCUCGGAAAGCAAAGCGCCCGGGGCCGGAAAGAAGGGCGGUGCUGGUGCAGGAAAGGGCAAGCAGUCGAACCCGACCAAGUCGGCCCCCACGCAGGAGCAAGGAGAUGGACCCAACGCCGACCGUAGGGCAGGCAAGCAGCGAUCGGGAUCCGUAUCGCACAGUAAGCCAGCAGUGGACAAGCCGUCGCCGAAGAACGUGGACCGCAACGGCGGCAAGAAUGGACGGACACCCGACCACGAUGCCCGCAAACCACUUCAGCCCCCACCGCAGCAUCUGCCUGCGAAGCCGUCCAAUGCCGACCCCUCGCUCUCGGCAGCGGCGCCCAGCUUCACCCCGCGACACUCCUAG